AUUGGCAGCGCCCACGCACACCUCUCGCGCAGCUCGAAUCAUCCCACAGACUCGCGCGACAUCAAUAACAAUGGCAAACCGGAGUCUGUUUUGGUAGAUUUGUGAUUGGAGCUUGAUGGACUGAAAGCUUAGUUGCUGUAUUCACGUCUUAUUUUCCUUUUAAAGUGUCGACCCCUGUACUCAGAGAAAAGCGAUCGUUCCUCGUUGUAGUUUUCAUUCUACCAUAUUGUUUGAAAAUGUGCGAGGCGCUGUUGGCCAGCUCACACAGUCUGUGCAUGUGUGUCCCUGCUGCUCUUGUGUUGGGCUACAGCUACUAACCUAGCUGCUUUUCACUCGGUGCUUAGCUAACGUUAGCCUGGCCGCGUUUGUUGACUUGAGGGGGGAAACAGAAGCGAAUGUAAAGCGUGCGUGUGUGAUCUGUUUUGUGACACCGGCUCUUAACUAUUUUAAACCCUUUGCUGUCGGGUGAAUACAGAGGCGUUGUAUGAUUUGUCGCAGAAAAUACUUUGCUGGCUAGCUAACAGGCUAGCUAUUUGUGUGUAUUCUUCGACUGAGGAAAACGGCGAGUUUUCUUUGAAAGUAUGGAUGACCAGACCAGGAUGAUGACGAGUCUCGCCGGACUCGGUGGACUACCACAAGCCGAUGUCGGCGACCCAGACUCGGUUAGGAAACAGCAGUCCCUCGGUCAACCCCAACAAGACAUAGGGGAUAUCCUACAACAAAUAAUGGCCAUCACCGACGAGAGCCUGGACGAAGCACAGGCCAGAUGCUGGCCAGAGGAAUCGCCGGCGCAUUGGGGUGGAUCAGACGACCCCACAGAGGGAGGGAGAGCAGGGGGGGGCAUGGCAGGGGGUGGCCUGCCACUCAACUUCCAGCACAGGAAGCAUGCCCUGAACUGUCACAGAAUGAAGCCAGCCCUCUUCAGCGUUCUCUGUGAGAUCAAAGAGAAGACAGUGCUGAGUAUACGAGGUGUGCAGGAGGAGGACCCCCCAGAUCCCCAGAUCAUGAGGUUGGACAACAUGUUGCUUGCAGAGGGUGUGUCAGGACCAGAGAAGGGAGGAGGAUCAGCCGCUGCAGCUGCGGCAGCAGCAGCAGCAGGGGGCUCACCCACCGACAGCAUCGAACACUCUGACUACAGAGCCAAGCUUGCCCAGAUCCGUCAGAUCUAUCACUCUGAGCUGGAGAAGUAUGAACAGGCCUGCAGUGAGUUUACCAACCAUGUAAUGAACCUGCUGAGAGAGCAGUCUCGCACACGACCCAUCUCUCCCAAGGAGAUUGAGCGCAUGGUUGCCAUCAUCCACCGCAAGUUCAGUUCAAUCCAGAUGCAGCUCAAACAGAGCACCUGCGAGGCCGUCAUGAUUCUGCGCUCACGCUUCCUUGAUGCCAGACGAAAGAGGCGCAACUUCAACAAGCAAGCUACAGAGGUGCUGAACGAGUAUUUCUACUCCCACCUGUCUAACCCCUAUCCAAGUGAGGAAGCCAAGGAGGAACUGGCCAAAAAGUGUGGAAUCACUGUGUCUCAGGUCUCUAAUUGGUUUGGCAACAAGAGAAUACGCUACAAGAAGAACAUUGGUAAGUUCCAGGAGGAAGCGAACCUCUACGCGGUUAAAACAGCGGUGGAUGCUGCCAACGUGUCUGCGCAGGCUAGCCAGGCUAAUUCUCCAGCAACACCCAACUCAGGUGGAUACCCUGCACCGUGCUACACACCUGACGGGCGGCUAUGAGGAGCUGUCAGGUAGUGGCCUCUACACCCCUCAUCGCCUGGAUGCUAACAGCUGGCAGGACACCACCAACCCCCACUCUGUCACCUCUCCUCCUGGUCCCCCUGGCAGCGUCCACUCUGACACCUCCAAUUGAUUGGUGGCUCUCACUGCCAUGACUCCAUUCCGACUGCAGUCUGAGUUGACUACCAUCCUCUGUCCUCAUUGUCACUAUUCCCUUGUCUCUCAACUAGACAACCACAAAAGGCCAUACUCCCAUUCCAUAAAACACAGACUGUGCUGGAACACAGGACAGCCGAACAGCAGUCAGGAGUUAUUCUGCCUCCACCUCACAGCUCCACUUCAACGCUAGAAGCUCCUCAACUCAGAACAAAAGAGGGAUGGAGCAGGUCGAUGCUGAGACAGAUAGAAAUCAUUUUCAACAUCAAGUACUUUUUGAGACCACUGAUCCAGCUGUGUAGAUGAUCAUGAUGUCUGUACAUUAUGUGUAUAUGCACGAUAACUUCACACAGUAAUCACACAGCUUGUCAUGUGCUAUUGACCUCUGCACUCGACCCUUUGCUUUGAAAACUGUGUGUGAUUGCCUGUAUCUCUUGAAGCCUUGGCAUUUGAUAGCCAAACUGUUGAUACAGAUCACCAGGGAGCUCCUGCUCACCCUUGCUCGUACCAAAGUGCUUACCCCAGUGGUUGUCAAAACAUCUGUAUCUUCGAGAUCAACCUUCCCCCAUUCAACACCAGACACUGUUUUAUCUUCCAGUUCUUAUAGCUUGAUGUCUCAUUCUGUUGAAGAUUUCUAAGAGAAUAAUUGAGAUAUGCACAAACGUGCUGGCACACUCCUUUCCUAUAACACACCCAAAACUUUUCAGUGGUUUCAUAGUGGGCUGACAUGAAAGAUGUGUCAAGCACAACAGUUAGCAUCCUUGAUAUGGGUGUAUCUACCUAUAGAGGGUAGUACAGGGGAUUACUGUUUAACCAGACAUGACAGCUGAUAAUAGGGCUGGUGGAAAGAGGAGGAAUGGGCAGCAAGGAGAAUAUCUUUGGUUGAGUGGCUGUAACAAUAGCCCUUUUUGUUGCUAACCAAUUAGAGGGUGUUGGUAGAUGGCUUGUAGACUUGACUUCUUGCUUUCUUUCCACUAGUUAUUUGAUUGUAGCUAUUUUCUAAUGCUGUUUCACCAAGAAUGCACCAGCCACCACCAAAAAUGAGCUCAAUAAAGCAUCUAACUAACUUUGGGAAGAGAAGGGUGGAAUGAUUGUGGGGCAUUGAUGUGUUAUUGGGACAAACGUGAUAUGAAUAUAGGAACAUGACUGUCUUCCAUGCAUGUAGGACUUCUAGGCGUGAUAUUAUUUUCAUUUAACCUUCCAAGUUUUAGCUUCGUUUUAGUCACAAAAAUAAGGGUAUAAUUAUUACAGUCAGACCAAAAAGGAAAAUUGCAUCAUUUUUUGCUAUGAUGUGUGUCUCUGUGUGGGCAUGUGUACAGUGUUCUUGGGACGUUGCUGGUGCCCUCUGACCUUUUGUUAGCAUUAUCAAGACUGGGUGCUUCCGCCAGCCAAUGACACACCAGGUGGGGUUCAACUGAGAUCUCCUCCCUAUGUUGAAACAUGAAGCUUGUGAGCCUGAGGCAACACACUACAAACCUUCUGUUGUAUCAAAACCAAAAAUACCACGUUCAGCAAUGUAAUAAUGCUACCUCUAUGUCUCUCUGAAGGGGGCACACAGCCACGUGUUCAGCUGAGGAGAGGAGGGAGUUAUAUUUGUAUCUGUGUCUCUAUAUGUGGUUGUCAUGCCCCAAGUUGAUUUGGUUUUAGGGUUUUUGUUGUGGGGUGUUAGGGAGGGUGGGUGGAAUGAGGACUCAUAUCAUAUCUGUUGAUUUUGAGCAUAGAAAGUAUGCUCUCCCCUUUUAUUCAUCCUUUUAUACCUUCUGCUAAAACCGUGACUAUUCAGUUGAGUUUUUUUAUUCAAUGGCCAAUUGGGCAAGGGCUUCUCUCCUCCUCUGUUACCAAAAAAAGAGGCAGCACUGGGUGAUCUAAAACUUGUGUUUCAGACAAACCUGCUACAUUUUGGGGGAUUUUCAUUCUUUGGAACUAUUUUAUACAUUAACAGUUAUGUGAAUGACAAAGCAUUUUGAUAGUAAGGUAAAGCCUUAUAAAAAUAUGUCAGUCAAACUUUGUUGAACCAUGUUACAGAACAAAACUUGAGCUUGUAAACUGGUCAUAUGUGCUAUCACACAUCUAGUACUUGUUUUGUUACUCAUGCAGUUCAUAUGAGUGUAUCUUAUGGAUAACUUAAUCACCACACCAAAUUAUCAUCCUUUCCCCUUUUCUACCUGUUGUAAUGGAUGUCACUGUACAGUUUGUGUAACGUUUCAGUAUUUUUUUCUUUUAUAAACUUUGAUGUUUGGUUGAGAUGCCAGUUUUAUUUGGCCUCUGUGUCACAGAAUUCACAAUAACUAUUAAUUCUGAAUAUUAUUUAGGUCUUUGUUACAUAACCUGGAGGCAAUGAAGGGUUUACAGGUGUCACAUUUGAUGCUGUGGAAAGACAAAUGUAUUAAUUAAGAUUCUUUUAUAGACGGUGUAUUUUGUUACAUACAUUUCCCAUAUGAUCUCACCCACCCUCGGUUACCCACACUUCUAAAUGUCCCGCUGUUUGUGCUUCAUUUGAUCCUUCAUCCUUCAAACAUGUUCAUGUCAUUCAGUGUGAUGACAGAUUUAAGAGUAUGUAGUGAAGAAAGGACAGGUGUGUGAACAAGCUGUUUAAGGACAGUUCAUCCCAUCAAACUGUUGAAAGAAUUUACAGAAGGUAUACUUUUGCAAACAAUUGGCGGUAGUUAGUCCCUAUUUUGUUUUAGGAUACAUUUUAGAUCACUGAAUGCAAACCUAAUUGUAAGUUCUUCUGACAGACUGAGUAAUACAAAAACAGGUGACCUACACUUUGCUCUUGUCUAGCUCCACUCAUGUCAACUCACCUCAAACAUGUACACCCUGAACAUAAAGACAUGAAAGGAAACAUGUCAUUGUCAUUAAUGUUUCAAAAACAGCUUCAGUUCUAUUCAUUGAAAUACAAUUCUGUUUUAAUUUUUGGAUUCUAUUGACUUAAUAAUUUCCACAGCACCAGAUGGCUUCCUAAACCUUUUUGAUUUCUUUUUUAUUAGUAUAUUUGUAUCUCCCUUCUUUCCCUUGUAUUUACCCCUCUCUCUACCUCUGUCUUUCCAUUUCUCUUGUAUAUAACCCCCUGUUUUCAGACUUGUGAGUCUGUAUGAACUCCUUUUAUACCUCAACUUUAGAAUUGUUCUAGAAAGAGUACAACAAAAGGAAGAAUAUGACAAAUUGUAGUGUUCUUAUUAGAAAAUUAAUAAAAUGAUUUAGUGUGA